CUGAUGCAUCACCUGUUAUCUAGUUCUCGUGAUGACUCAACGAACUCAACAGCAGCAAAACACAAUGACAUGAUGUGCGAUAGAAACAUUUUGAAAUCCCAGUAUGUCCGUAUUUGCACAAGACAUGUCACCUCACUAGCCGUCGCGGUAAUUGUGCAAUGAGGAUCUAAAUGAAAUCAUCUUGUUCAAAAUUAUUUAUGAUCGUUAUUUAUAACGAAAUAAUAUAUGGCAUUCCAUGAGAUCGCAUUAUUCGGCAGGUGUAUGUAAAACCCCUUAUCAGUCCAAUCUGGUAAAAUGUAUAAUGACGUGAAGCGACUGUUGUAAAGAUGGUGAUAAGGAAGUGGUGCACAGAGUUCCAGAGACCAUUUAUAGCCAGCAGGCCAAUACAUUCCAGAAUGGCCAGCUCGCCGUACAUAGUAACAUUUGCCGUGAUAGUGUUAUUCAGUGGAAUGGCUGAUUUGUCCAUUGUGUUGGAGGGUAACGGAUAUUCUAACAUCGUUGUCGCAAUAUCCAAGGAUAUUCCUCAGCCCGCUGAUAAUCGAACUGAGUUAAUAGAUAAAUUGAAGGAUCUGCUAACGGAAGCAUCAGCCGUCCUGUUUAAAGCUACGGAUGAUAAAGUUUAUUUUAAAAGCAUCGAUAUUGUUAUCCCGCCUUCAUGGAAAGACACCGAAGCUACAAACACAUCAACGACCUCUUUCCAGUUAGCCGAUAUUCGUCUCAAUUCAGACAGUGCUUCAAAUGAUUUGCCGCACACGUCACACUCCGGCAAAUGUGGCGUAGCUGGAGAUUUUAUUACGCUUCCCGUCAAAUUUGUUAUGGAUUCAGAAGAAACUGACGAAGUCAAAGCAAAAGGAUUAGUUCAGCAAUGGGCUCAGCUUCGAUAUGGUGUAUUUGAAGAACAUGGCUUUCCUAAUGACGACCUGUUACCUUAUUUUUAUCGACACCCUGAUGGUUACGACGUAGUCUCUUCAAGCAACGAUACAGAGAUAAAAGGAAAUCUUAAAAGCCUGUCAGAUGGCGAUUGUGAAGUUGACGAAUUCGGUAUCAUAUCAAAUCAAGGCGAAUGCCGCUUCAUCCCAAAUGCUACUGAGCAAACGGCUACCACGUCUUUGAUGAGCUUCCACUGGCUUGAUUCCGUGAUUAGUUUUUCGAAAGCUGACAAACAUGAUAAGAAACCACCGCAUCGUCAGAAUCGUCUCUGUAGUUCAAGAAGUAGCUCAGAAAUCAUGGCUAACUUACCCGAUUUUGAUAGCAUAGCACCCAUUCCUGGACAGGAUACAAAGCCGGAAUUUCGACUACUACAAAAUAAAAUGAUACCAGUUGUUUACCUUGCCAUUGACAAAUCACGGCCAUCAAACCCAAAUAACACGGAAAUAACACAAAUAAAAAGCGUUUUCACAAGAAGCUUGCGCACUUUGUUUACGUUUCUCAACGAUAACGUGCCAGAUACCUUAGUGGCGUGGUCUACAUUUGAAAACGUGGAUUUUUCUGACAUUGAAGGUUCUUACCUAAUAGAAGAAUUACCUCCAACUAGGAUUCAGGAUGGAAAAGAAGCCCUUGAUCAAAAAACAUUUGCAUUCGAUUAUUCGGUUAAUGUUGUGACACGCGACGUAUCGGCGGUUAUUCGCGAUGCCGAAUUACGUUUGAGCAAGUACAAGGAUGUUGGUGGCAGUAUAUUGUACAUCAUAACAUCCAACGAAUCGGAAACUAACGACACCGUAACGGAAACAAAUAUGGCCGAGAAACUCCUCCUCAAUAAUAUCAAACUGGUAGUAGCAGAGUCCGGAAAAAACCUCGUGAAAGACCUUUUUCGUUUCUCUGUUUUGUCACAAGGCAGCCAUUACUUCACAUCGUUUUGGGAAAGUUCCGCAUUUUUCACUCCAAUUAACACAGAAAUAUUAAAUGAUUGCCAAAAUGGCUUGAAAACUGAAAGAAGAAUGAUAACUAUAAGAAAAGAUUCAAUCAAAAACGGCAAUCCUUGGACAGGAUCUUUCUCAAUUGAUGAAACUGUCGGAAGCAACACAACUGUUGUUCUUGAAUCACCCACGGUGGGUUCGUUCACUGUCACUCUUACUAGUCCCAGCGGCAACAUUCUGACUCUGGAUAAACAACCGGAAGAAAACAACUGGAAUGAUCCAGCUUCUUCAGUCAAAGUCGUUUGGCAGCGAAUUCCAGAUACUACCGCUACCGGACGGUGGAUUUAUAAAGUAGAUUACGACUCCUCUUCUUGCAGUACCUGUGAUGCAGAACCUGAAAUUCAUUUACAAAUUGGCUCAUCAAUUAGAAGUGAAACAUCGCCGCUAUUGCCAACGUUUCAUCCGUGGGUAUCACUAACUCCUGGAUCGAAUUUUGUUGACCUCUCCCGACAUCCGGUGGUUAUUCAAGCCCGGUUUGACUACGCAAGAGGCCGCCUAGGCGGUUUGAUGGCAACAGCCGACGUACGUUUAAACUCAGCUGUCGUGUCUUCGGUUCCUCUUUUUGAUACCGGAUUAAUGGAUUCAGAUAUAUCGAAAGACGGGAUUUAUUCCGGAAUCUUUUACCCGGAAGCAAACGGAAUUUAUGAAGUGGAUUUCCAUGCUGUGCAUGGUAGCUCCGCAAAGGGGAGUAAUAGGCUUCUUAAUUCCGAUCAAAAUUCCUACUGCUGUGGAUCUUCGCUUCCCACAACCACUUUGAACAAUUUUGAGAUCACUGUCAACGAAGCUGUUCAUUUUGAAGUGCAAAAUGCGCCGUCACAAACUGUGGCAUAUCCUAUCGUGAGUGAUUUCCGAGGAAAUACUUACGGAGUCGACCGAAACUUGGUUUACGCUGAUUUGAGAUGGACUGUCCCUUUUAACACCAUAAACCAGACUGUAAAGUAUUCAGAAGAUUAUGAACAGUUAUUAAACAACUUUGGAUCAGCUCCAGAGGCUAAAGUAGAGUACGGCUUUUUAAACGACAUAGAAGCCGGAACAUCCGUUUUUGUAUACGUCUCCGCUUCAUAUACAGAGGGCAAGAACGUUUAUUUUGUGGUCGAAACAACAGGGGAAGGCAAUAUAAAGACUUGCUCAAAUUUAAUCUGGACGGAAGGUAAUCCACCUGAAAAUGUCUUCACGACUCCAGGAACUACUACACCUUCAACAACUACACCUUCAACAACUACACAAUCAACUACCACACAAUCAACUACCACGCAGUCAACUUCCACAUUGCUUACAACGGAAUUAACGGAAUUAACUACGACCGAAGAGAUAAUGAGCUCAACUGAACCCAGCACUGAAAUUUCAACCAUUUCUACUAGCGAUUCCAGUUCAACUGAAUUACCUACUGAUGUCCCAACUUCAACGACCGACAUUUCAACUGAUCCUUCUAGCACAUUAGACGUCACGAGUUCUACGAUCAGUUCGACUCCGAUCAGUUCGACUCCGAUCAGUUCGACUCCGAUCAGUUCGACUCCGAUCAGUUCAACUCCGAUCAGUUCGACUCAGAUCAGUUCAACCCCAACCAUUUCUUCAACUGGUUCUAUUACAACAGAUUCAACAGCCAUUACCGAUUCGACUGUUAGCGCAGAGCCGACAACUGAGGAACCAACAACUGAAGGUCCUGAUCCGGGACUUACUCCUGCCGAAAUAGGAUACAUCGUUGGCGGAGUAGUUGGAGGAAUUGUAGUUAUAGGUGCCAUUACGGGAGGCGUUAUUUUCUAUAAAAAGAAACAAGGCGGAGUUAGUAGUCCGUCCCCUGCAAGCAAUUCUAAUUACGACAGAAGUAACGGAAGGGAAGGAGGGUAUUCAAACUCUCGAUAUCCAGCUUCCACUCCGUACACUUCUCCUUCAGGUUCAGGAGGUGUGAACAAUUCACGUCAACCAGAAAGCCUAGGACGACAGGAUAUGAAUGAAAUACAGAGCAAUGAAGCUUACGACAAUAUUGGUGUCACCAUUGAAGACGACGAUAUGCUGAUGACAGCAAUGUAAAACAUGUUGCAGUUUCAUGACUAUAUUUUCAAUAUAUUAUAACAUUGCUCCAGA